AUGGGACUAUGUGGAUCAAAGGAGGCACAAAAGAGCAAAGCAGAAAAAUUGUCCCCUUGUCAAAACCAAGUUGGAGCAAAGGCUGCUAAACAUAAAGGGCAACGGUUGGGGAGUGUUACAGAAAAUGAAACAAAUGGACUAAGCGCGAAAGAGCUUGCUGCCAAUGCUGCGAAAGAUCGGUAUGAACAGGAAAAGCGAAAGAACGAGAAAGGUGAGUUGGGAAAGAAACUUGCUCAAGAGGUCAAGAAAUCGUCUAAAGAUCAUGCGAUGGAGAACUAUCAUCAUAGAAAUAAAGAAAUGCUUGUGUACGAUUAA